AAUAGUUUUCCUAUUGGUUUUCAACUGUGAAAGGCUUUAUAAAAAGCUUAGAUCUUGUGUGGAACUGAUGCAUACCUGUCACAACCAUGAGCAGACCAGCAGAGAUGAGCUGAGAUGAGCUAUUAUAUGGCUGCAAAAUAAAAUAUUAAAGGAAAAUGGAUGAGGAUAUUGCCAUCAUUGGAAUUGGAUGCAACUUUCCAGGAGGUGAAGGUGUAGAAAACUUCUGGAAAGUUCUUGUGGAAGGUAGGAACUGUGUGGUUCAGAUUCCAGAUGAAAGGUUUGAAACAUCAGAAUGGUUUCAUCCAGAUGAGAGCAAACCAGGAAAAACAAGAACCACCACAUCUGCUCUUAUUGAAGGAUUCAAUGAGUUUGAUCACAAGUUCUUUGGCAUCAGCGAGGCUGAAGCUGAUUACAUGGAUCCUCAGCAGAAACUGUUACUGCAGUGUGCAUACCGUGCUUUAGAGGAUGCUGGGAUACCCUUGGAAAAAGUGAGCGGAACCAGAACAGGGGUUUACAUAGGUCUUAUGAAUAGGGACUACGAGACACUUUUAAACAACAGUCCCAGCACAAUAACCCACUAUAAUGGUACAGGAACAGCUAUGAGUAUAGCUGCCAACAGAAUUUCCUACAUAUUCAACCUGACUGGACCCUCAUUUGCCAUUGACAGUGCAUGUUCUUCAUCCCUAGUGGCUCUUCACUCUGCAUGUCAGGCCAUCAGGCAAGGGGACUGUGAAAUGGCUCUGUGUGGAGGGGUCAGCUGCAUCCUUGAGCCUCGAGUCUUUGUGGCCCUUAGCAAGGCAAAGAUGAUCUCACCCGAGGGCACAAGUAAACCAUUCUGCCGUACAGCAGAUGGCUAUGGCAGAGGGGAGGGAUGUGGCAUAGUCUUACUGAAGUCUUUGAAAAAGGCUAUUGAGAACUCUGAUCAUAUAUGGGGCAUUGUGAACAAGACUGCAGUAAACCAAGAUGGCCACACAGUCACACCAAUCACCAAGCCCUCCAUGACCCAGCAGGAGGCUCUACUGCGCAUGAUCUACUCAUCUGAGGAUUUUCUAGCAAAUGUCCAGUAUGUGGAAGCUCAUGGGACUGGAACACCAGCAGGAGAUCCAGUUGAGGCUGGAAGUAUCUCAAGAGUCAUUGCCAAAACAAGACCGUCAAGCUUAGGGCCUCUGUUUGUUGGCUCUGUUAAGAGUAACAUCGGACAUACAGAAUCUGCAGCAGGGGUGGCAGGACUCAUAAAGAUUCUGUUAAUGAUGAAACAUGAAACCAUUGUUCCCUCUUUGUUCUACUCGGCAGAAAAUUCCAGCAUAGAUGCCAAAGCUCUCAAUCUUAAAAUCCCCACCAGAGCUGAGAAAUGGCUUUACUCUGGGUCCAGGAUAAAGAUGGCUGGAUUAAACAGCUUUGGGUUUGGUGGCACCAAUGCCCAUGCCAUCAUCACAGAGUAUGUGCAAGCAACAGUCUCUGAUAGGCACACUCUUGAACCUCUAAAACUACUCCCAAUGUCUGCAGCCACGGAUCAGUCUCUUCAAUUGUGCAUUGCUGACACAUAUCAGAGGAUUUCAGCAGAUGAGACCGUUGAUCUACAAGCUCUUGCUUAUACAUUCGCCUGCCGAAGAAGCCACAUUAGACACAAAUUUAGAAAAGUCUUUGCUGCAUCAUCUCUGUCAGAGUUAAUCUCACUUCUCAAAGCUAGCAUGAACAAGAAAUUAGCCCCAACAAAGAAGGACCAGAAAUUGGUUUUUGUAUUUUGUGGCAAUGGUGUUACCUAUAGGGGAAUGUGUAAACAGCUGCUGAACGAAGAACCUGUUUUUAGGAGCAAGUUCAAAGAGGUGGAAAGCUACUUCCAAAGGUUCAGAUGCAGUAUUUUGCAGAAGAACACAAGCAGCUAUGAAGAUCAAGAUUUCUCUAAACCAGAUGUUGUACAGCCACUUCUUUUUGCAAUACAGGUUGCAAUUGGACACCUUCUUAGGCACUGGGGCAUCAGACCAGAUAUAGUUCUUGGACAUUCAGUGGGAGAGAUCGCUGCAGCUCAUUGCUCUGGUCUGCUGUCUCUUGAGGAUGCAGUAAAGGUUGUAUACCAUCGUAGUUCUCUACAGACCAAAGUGACUGGUGGGAGGAUGCUUGUUGUUGGCAACAUUCCUGUCCUGGAUGUUUUAGAAAUUCUCCCUGCAUACACAGGAAAGAUCUGUCUAGCUGCCUUGAACAGUCCUAUGUCUUGCGUACUGUCAGGUGAUAAGCAAGCUGUUGAGAAUGUGCACCAAAAGCUACAGUCGUUGUUUGAGAGCAGAAAUGUGUUUCUUCAUGUCUUGGAUGUUCCUGCUGCUUACCAUAGUCAUAUGAUGGAUCCUAUUGUGGGCCAAAUCAAAGACAAUAUUGGACAGUUAUCUGGGAAUGAAAUGGAGUGUGAAUUGUUUUCCACUGUGACAGGUGAGAAGUGUCAUCAAGGGGACUUUGUAAAUGGUGAAUACUGGGUAAGAAACAUCCGAGAACCUGUUGCAUUUGAACAAGCAAUCAGGUCUGUUUCUAACCAUGCAAGAAACACAGUCUUUGUGGAAAUUGGUCCAAGGCAAGCUCUGCAGAGGAACAUCAAGGAGAUCUUGGGAAAUGACAAAACAGUGCUCCCUUCAGUUCAACCAGGUAAAGACCAGCUGACAAUGUUCAUCACUGUAUCAAAACUGUUUGAGCUGGGGGUCAAUGUAAAAUGGGAUAAGUUCUACAAAGGGUUUGAAACAGAGCUUACUGCUUUCCCAAGGUAUCAGUUUCAAUGUCAAAAAAAUGAGGUGCACUUUGAGGAUGUAAGACGGGGACAUGACACAGUCUCUUGCAGUCUAUAUCCACUAAUAAUUCAAAGUAAACGUGAUGACAAUGUGAUCAAGUGCAACCUAUCUGCAAGUACAAACUCUUAUCUUUGGGAACACAAGAACAGUGGCAUUUCCAUUGCCCCUGGAGCACUGUUUGUUGAACUUGCAUUUGAAUCUGUUAUAGAAACUGUUGCUCCAAAGAGACCUCUUAACUCAUUUCAGCUCUCAAUCAACUUCCAAAGUUUGUUUGUUCUAAAUAAGAACUACCUACCUCUCAAAAUUAAGGUUGAGACAUCCAAGGACACAUCCUCAUUUCAGAUUGUGUCUUCUAGUGUGGUGCAUGCAUCAGGGACCGUUUGCCAUGAAGGGGGACCAGCCAUUUUAGAACAGCAAACUAUUAACCUCAGUGCUGUUUUGAAGAGAUGCCAAUCAGUAAUUGAAUCAAAGAAUGUGUACGGCACUCUUAAUGAUGUUGGAUUUGAGUAUGGGCCUAACUUCAAGCAACUUGGAGACAUUCAUUAUGGACAAGAAUUCAAAGAAGCAGUGACCAGAGUUGUGAUCCCAGAGGGAGUACUCAACCAUCUGUAUGAGUAUUGCUUGCACCCAGUAGUCCUAGAUUACUUCUUGCAAAUGUCUUCAGUUUUAGGAUUAGUAUCUAGCACCAUCAGGCCUGGAUUUCCCUCUUCAGUUGGUAGUAUGGUUAUAUCUGCACCUCCCCAUAAAGAGAUGUUCAUGUAUAUGAGAUUGACCAAACAAAUGUCAGACAACUUUGAGGUUUGUGGCGGCUUCACUGACAAAGAUGGACGUGUGUUGAUUGAGCUAAGGGAUGUCAGAAUUAAUUUUCUUGAAGCACAUGGACAUAUCAGAGAUUUAUGUUUCUUCAACAAUCAGAAGGUUGACAUUCACACUGAGAGCAGUUUCUCCAGGAGAAUCAAGGCUUUAGUCUUUGAGGACACUUUUGGUAUUGCUAAAGGUUUGAAGCCAUAUUUGCACCCAAAAUCUGUAUUUGUUCCUAAACCCGAAUUGACAAAGAACUCAGCCUUGCUUGUACCAGAAUUAAAGUCUACCUGCAGUGCAGCAGACAUGGAACUUGAUGGGAUCCUGUUUAUCUGGGGCAUUCAGAGUAUCAGUCACCUAAAAACUGAAGCUAUUUUGGACUCCCUGGUCGACAGCUGUGAACUUUACCAUCAGGUUCUUUUGGCUUUAAGAAACUGUGGCCGUGCAUGUUCGAUCCAUGUCAUUACUUACAGGUCAGCAGAAGGAAUAGUUGACCGUAUAAAUCCUGCUUUUGUGUUAUCUGGCAUGACAAGGGCAUGUGCUGCAGAGUUGUCAGGCAUCUCAUUUCAGCUUAUUGACCUGUCCACAGUGUCAAGAGAGGAUAUAGAAACAUUGGGUCAUGUGCUAAACUCAUACAAGACCCUACAAUACCCAGAAGUCUACAUCAGCAAAGGAAAGGCUUACUCUGCUGUGAUUACAUCUACUCCUAUCACCACAAUUGAAACAAUUAAUUCUAAAUCAAAAUGCCUACAGUACCACAACUUUACUUUGCAGACAACCAAUCCCUACAGGAUGACCAGCGUAUUAGCUUUGCCUUCAGUGAGUUCAGUUAACACCAUUGAUAGGAAAAGCAUUGAGAUUCAGCUGAGUAAAGUAUGUGUGCACACAUCAGAUUAUUUUCCAGUUAGUACUUCAGAGCUAAACUUUGCUCAGACAAUGUACUGGAACAAGCACACAACCCAGAACCACCAUCUCCUGGCACUUGAUUUCUCCGGGAUUGUUAUGGCUGUGGGAAAGGAUGUCAACAAACUCAAAGUGGGAGACCAUGUGAUCUGUUGUUAUCCUGUAAAAGCAACUUCCAAAGUUGUCCUCCCUGAGGAUGUGUGCUUCAACAUAAAAAGGUUCCCAUUCCUGAAGGAUGUGCCAUGUGCUUCAUACCUUGUCCUGAUCAGGGAGAUACUGAUUUGCUUGUUACCAAACAAGACCAAACAACAGCAAAAUAUGAGCAUCUUCUCGGCUGUUCGUGAUUCAGCUCUUGUCAAGUUAUUGACAAUCAUAGCAAGUAAAUCAGGCUGGAGUGUUUUUACAGAAACUGAGAUAAAUGGAUUAGUCCAAAGUGCAAAGCAGUGCCAUCUUUUAGUAAUUAUUCCCCCAUUUGAUUGCUCACUUUUGACAGAGAUUGUCAGUGUUGCCAAUGCAAAUCACACAAUUGCACUGUGUGGCAUCCGUAACCCAAGCUAUUCUGCACUAGAUGUUAUUCAGCAGGACUCUGAGAGGACUUGCUUCCAGACUCUUGAGAUGUCCAAAAUCUUCCAGAAGUCGCGUCUCAAGGCACAUGGAGCGUUUCUCCAGAAGUGGCUAAAGGGAAUGCACUUGCGCAAAGUGUGGCCAACAAUACAAAGCAAAAUUUUUCAGAUGGCACCCUCUGAAAGUAUGCCUGCUCAAUAUGUUGAGCAUUCUGGAUCUUAUUUCAAUGCAAGAACUGUGGAUGUAAUCACUCUGGCAACAGAUGACCCCAGGACCAAGAUAUCUACCAUCCCUUUGCUUCCAAGAGCAAUGCAGCUAUUCUCAAAGGAAGGUGUGUACAUAGUUUCAGGGGGUCUAUCUGGUUUGGGAUUUGAAACUGUUAAGUUUAUUGCCCAGAGAGGUGGAGGAUGCAUUGCCACUCUUUCAAGGAGUGCACCCUCUGAGAAGGUACAAGAUGACAUAAACAGUCUCAAAAUGAGAUAUGGAGCGAGAAUUCUCACUCUUCAGUUUGAUGUCUCUGCACAAGAGCAAGUGAUGGAAGCCAUUACCAUGAUUGCCAAUCAUUUUCCCUCCCAUCCAAUCAGAGGGGUUUUCCACAGUGCUGCUGUUCUCCAUGAUGGAUUACUGGAAACCCUUGAUAGAUCUCUUUUCCUGAAAGUCCUGCAACCUAAAGUCUGUGGUGCUCUUAAUCUCCACCUUGCCACGCUGCAGAGCAAGACACUCGAUUACUUUGUGUGCUAUUCCUCUAUCUCCUCUUUCAUUGGAAAUGCUGCACAAGCUAACUACGCAGCAGCUAACUCAUUUCUUGACACUUUUUGCCACUACCGACGCAACAUUGGACUUCCCGGACAAUCUAUCAAUUGGGGCCCCCUUAAACUUGGCCUGCUAAUGAACAAAGACAAUUUUCAAAAGUUCCUGGAAACAAAAGGGCUGAUGAUCAUGGAUGUGGCAGAGAUCCAUGAAGCACUAGAGCACUGCCUUUUGCUUGACAAUCCCCAGCAAGUGGUGUGCAGAUUUAAUUUCAGAAACCUGAACAACCAUGUCCUCUCCCAGAACAUGUCACUGAAGUUUCGUCUGUCUGCUUUAGUGGAGGAAGGACUGAAAAACAAAGAUGCUGAGGACUCUGGGAUAAGUGUUCAGUCAUCAGUGGAUGAUUGUGUUCGAGCGAUUGUGACUGAAAUUUGCAGUGUUGAUACUGAUGAUCUAAGUGUUGAAACUACCCUUGCUGAACUAGGGGUUGACUCCAUGUUGGCCAUGACGCUGCAGAAUCGCUUCUUUCAAGAGAUGGGUGUAAAUAUUCCUCUUGUUGCUUUGCUUGAUCCAAAUUGUACAUUGUUGUCAUUGACUGAAUUGAUGAAACAGAGCACCGAUGGGGACUGUGAGAUUUCUGUGCAUCUGUAAUCCAUACAGGCACUAUAGUUAUUGUCAGGUUUUUGAGGGAAGUUUAUAGGGUGGGUAAAAGUUAACUAGGCAUUACAAAUAGAUUGUAAAGUCCAUAUUUCUAAUACAAAUUAUCAUUACAGAUGCCUAUGACUAUUGAAGUAGGAAAUAUCAAGUCCUUUUACUAUCUUUUAUUUAGACCCACUUUGUACUACCUUGUAUAUAGCCCGUAUAAGGGUGUUUUCAUAUAUGUAUGUAAAUGUAA